UUACUACUAAUAAGUCCGUCAUAUAUUUCACGUGCAAGACACGACUCCACCAUUAAAGCCAAAGUCACGACUUACCACAAACCCACCAAUCUAACAACCGUCAAAUCCCAACCCUUCUCCGCUACAAUCUAACCAUGAACACCACCACGCAGCAACGAAAUGGAUCGGGGGGUUCGUUACAGAGCCCUAGAUCUCCAUCUUCACAAGGUCCGUAUUUAUCAGUAUCAGUUACGGAUCCAGCUAAAAUGGGUAAUGGUGUUCAAGCUUAUAUCUCCUACAAAGUCAUCACCAAGACAAAUUUGCCAGAGUACCAAGGGCACGAAAAGAUUGUGAUACGACGUUAUAGUGAUUUUAUAUGGUUACACGAUCGUCUUUUUGAGAAAUACAAGGGCAUUUUUAUUCCUCCACUUCCAGAGAAGAGCACAGUAGAAAAGUUCAGAUUUAGUGCAGAAUUUAUUGAAAUGAGGCGCCAAGCUCUGGAUGUGUUUGUAAACAGAAUAGCCUCACAUCAUGAGCUUCGGCAAAGUGACGAUUUGAGAACCUUCUUGCAGGCUGAUGAGCAGACAAUGGACAGAGCAAGGUUCCAGGAGACUGGUAUUUUCAAGAAAAAGCCUGCAGAUUUGAUCCAAAUCUUUAAGGAUGUGCAAUCUAAAGUGAGUGAUGUCGUUCUUGGAAAGGAAAAGCCAGUUGAAGAAUCAACUCCAGAAUAUGAGAAGAUGAAGAGCUACAUAUUUGAGCUUGAGGACCAUUUAGCUGAGGCUCAAAAGCAUGCAUUUCGUCUUGUCAAGAGACACAGAGAGUUGGGCGAAUCUCUGUCAGAAUUUGGAAAGGCAGUCAAGCUUCUUGGUACUUGUGAGGACGAUGCCCUUGGAAAGGCAUUUUCAGAACUUGGGGCAAAGUCUGAGAUAAUAUCAAUUAAGCUGCAGAAAGAGGCCCACCACCUUUUAAUGAACUUUGAAGAACCUUUGAAGGAUUAUGUUCGAGCUGUGCAAUCUAUUAAGGCUACGGUAGCAGAGAGAGCAACUGCAUUCAAGAAGCAGUGUGAACUAGCUGAGACAAUUAAGUUUAAGGAAAUAGACUUAAAUAAAUACAGGCUGACACGAUCAGAGAAGUUGGCUGAGGCUGAGCGCGAGUAUGAAAUGCUCAAGGCCGAAGGGGAAGAAGCAUCGAGAAGAUUUGAUACGAUAGUGAGGCUUAUGAACGAAGAGAUUGUUCGAUUUCAAGAACAGAAGACAUCGGAUAUGGGACUUGCUUUCCAUGAAUUUGCAAAGGGACAGGCACGACUAGCAAAUGGCAUAGCAGAUGCAUGGCGAAGUCUUCUUCCCAAGCUUGAAGCUUGCUCUUCAUAAUAGUUUUACAACAAAAUGAAGACAAACUUCAGCGCGAUGUGCUGUCAACGUGAGUAUACAUGGAAGUUGUUCCAUUGGGUUUCCAAAAGAGUCUUCGACAGUUGGUUUUGUUGCUGCAGCUUGGUGGUUGUAUGAAUUUGAGUUAGAUAGUUGUGUAACUUGUACAGCAGCAAAGAGAAAAAUUGAAAAUAGCUUAAAAUUAAUUUCUUUUCAUCUGACAGGCAAAGUUCCAAAUGCUGAAUAAACUUGUUUAAUGCAUAGUUUUAUUCUUCAUCA